GAGACCAUGAAUAAGUCAGGGAUAUCUACUGUGACACAGUUCAUCUUGUUGGGCUUUCCUGGUCCCUGGAAAAUACAGAUCACCCUUUUCUCAAUGAUUUUGUUGAUCUAUAUCUUGACUCUAACUGGGAAUACAGCCAUCAUUUGUGCAGUGAGAUGGGACCAUCAGCUCCAUACCCCUAUGUAUGUGCUCCUGGCCAACUUCUCCUUCCUAGAAAUCUGGUAUGUGACUUGCACAGUCCCCAACAUGCUGGUCAAUUUUCUUUCCAAAACCAAGACCAUAUCAUUCUCUGGUUGCUUCACUCAAUUUUACUUCUUCUUUUCACUGGGUACAACUGAGUGCUUCUUCCUCUGUGUCAUGGCCUAUGAUCGGUACCUGGCCAUCUGCCAUCCACUGCACUAUCCCUCCAUUAUGACUGGGCAGCUCUGUGUCACUCUGGUGUCUCUUUGUUGGCUCAUUGGUUUCCUUGGACAUGCAAUUACUAUUUUCUUCAUUUCUCAACUACCCUUUUGUGGUCCCAACAUUAUUGAUCACUUUCUGUGUGAUGUGGACCCACUGAUGGCAUUGUGCUAUGCCCCUGCACCCACCAUAGAGCAUGUAUUACAUUCUGUGAGCUCUCUUAUCAUCAUCACCACCAUUUGGUACAUUCUUGGGUCCUAUGCCCUGGUGCUCAGAGCUGUCCAUAAGGUUCCUUCUUCAGCUGGGCAGCAAAAAGCAUUCUCUACCUGUGGAUCCCAUUUAGUUGUAGUGUCUUUGUUCUAUGGAACCAUAAUGGUGAUGUAUGUGAGUCCCACAUCUGGUGACUGAGUUGCUAUGCAUAAGAUCAUCACACUGAUAUAUUCUGUAGUGACACCAGUCUUAAACCCCGUCAUCUAUAGCCUACGCAACAAGGACAUGAAAUUUGCCCUCUGUCAGAUCAUUUGUGGAAUGAAAAUCAUCCAACCUUUGUGA